CAUUAACAGUCCUGUGGACUCACCCUUCGGAUCUGCUGACGCUUCCUUUCAGCCUAGGUGCUUGGGGUGAGGUGCCAAAGGUUCCCUAUAAAGUGCUGGGGCUCCGGCUGUGUCCACUCGACCUCCAGCUCCUGCCCUGUCCUGACGAGAGGGACCCACCUGUGAUCACCAUGGUGAGGCUUGUUCUGCCCAACCCGGGCCUGGAAGACCGAAUCCCCUCCCUGGGGCAACUGGAGGUCAUCGAGAAGGAGGAGGCCAGCUCGCGGCCCAAGUGGGACAACAAGGCCCAGUACAUGCUCACCUGCGUGGGCUUCUGCGUGGGCCUGGGCAACGUCUGGCGCUUCCCCUACUUGUGCCAGAGCCAUGGUGGAGGAGCAUUCAUGAUCCCGUUCCUCAUCCUGCUGGUUGUGGAGGGUGUCCCUUUGCUGUACCUGGAGUUCGCCAUCGGGCAGCGACUGCGCAAGGGCAGCGUGGGCGUCUGGAGCUCCAUCCACCCAGCCCUGAAGGGCAUAGGGAUCGCGUCCAUGUUCGUGUCCUUCAUGGUGGGCCUCUACUACAACACCAUCAUCGCCUGGGUCAUGUGGUACUUCUUCAACUCCUUCCAGGAGCCCCUCCCUUGGAGCACGUGCCCACUCAACGACAACCUGACAGGCUAUGUGGACGAGUGUACCCGCAGCUCUCCAGUGGACUACUACUGGUACCGAGAGACCCUCAACAUCUCCAACUCCAUCAGCAACUCGGGCUCUGUGCAGUGGUGGAUUCUGCUCUGCCUGACCUGUGCCUGGUGUGUCCUCUACGUAUGCACCAUCCGUGGCAUCGAGACCACUGGCAAGGCUGUGUACAUCACCUCGACGCUGCCCUAUGUCGUCCUGACCAUCUUCCUCAUUCGGGGACUGACGCUAAAGGGAGCCACCAACGGUAUCGUCUUCCUCUUCACGCCCAAUGUCACGGAGCUGGCCAACCCACUGACUUGGCUGGAUGCGGGGGCCCAGGUCUUCUACUCCUUCUCGUUGGCCUUCGGGGGCCUCAUCUCCUUCUCCAGCUACAACUCUGUCCACAACAACUGUGAGAUGGACUCGGUGAUCGUAUCCGUCAUCAACGGCUUCACAUCCAUGUACGCAGCCACCGUGGUCUACUCCAUCAUUGGCUUCCGUGCCACAGAACGCUAUGACUCCUGCUUCAACCAGAAUAUCCUGACACUCAUCAACGGGUUCGACUUGCCCGAAGGCUCUGUCACCGAACAGAACUUCGAGGAAGUACAGCAGUGGUACAAUAACACUUACCCCGCAGCCUUCGCCCAGCUGCAGUUCCAGACCUGCGACAUGAACUCUUUCCUGUCAGAGGGCGUGGAGGGCACGGGGUUGGCGUUCAUUGUCUUCACGGAGGCCAUCACCAAGAUGCCCAUAUCCCCACUGUGGUCCGUGCUCUUCUUCAUCAUGCUCUUCUGCCUGGGCCUGUCCUCCAUGUUCGGGAACAUGGAGGGCGUGGUCGUGCCCCUGCAGGACCUCAAAGUCUUCCCCAAAAAGUGGCCCAAGGAGGUGAUCACAGGUCUCAUCUGCUUUGGGUCAUAUCUCAUCGCCUACAUCUUCACACUGAACUCCGGCCAGUACUGGCUCACCCUGUUGGACAGCUAUGCCGGCUCCAUCCCCCUGCUCAUCAUCGCCUUCUGCGAGAUGUUCGCUGUGGUCUACGUGUAUGGCGUGGACAGGUUCAACAAGGACAUCGAGUUUAUGAUCGGCCACAAGCCCAACAUCUUCUGGCAAAUCACGUGGCGAGUGGUCAGCCCGCUGCUCAUGCUGGUCAUCUUCCUGUUCUUCUUCGUGAUCAACGUCAAUAAGGAGCUGAUAUACAGCGUCUGGGACCCUGCCUAUGCGGAAUUUCCCAAAUCCGAGAAGGUCCCAUACCCAAGCUGGGCAUAUGGCGUGGUGGUUAUCGUUGCUGGCGUGCCCUGCCUCAGCAUCCCUUGCUUUGCCAUCUACAAGCUCAUCAGGAACCGCUGCCAGAAGCAAGAAAGCCAGCAGGGGCUGGUCAGCACCAUGUCCACAGCCUCCAUAAAUGGGGACCUGAAGUACUGAGUGCCCGCGGCUGCAUGUGUGCAUGUACAGAUGCAUGUGUG